AUGAAGUGCUUAUUCCGUGUUGCAAUCGUGUGUUUCCUUGCCAUUGUCUGUACAAUCAAGGCAGAGGAAGUUCAAAAUGUUCAUGAAGAAGGAAUUGAGACUCAGCUUGCUCAACUAAAGCAGGACUAUGACAGAUUGCUUGAAGAACAGAAGCAGUUAAAAAUGUCUAUCGACGGUUUUGCCAGUGUUCGCACUCUGAGCAAUCUGAAAGUGGAAAUUGAUGAGUGCAACGAGCGAAUCACUGAGCUGAAAAGCAAAGUGAGUAGGAAAACCACGUCGAUUAACAGACUGAUGGGUUCGAUUCUGAAGCUGAAGUCCAAAUCCCACAUGUCCAUCACCCAAUUGUACUUGCUCAAAUUGUCCAGAACGAUCCUUAUCGACUACAUUUAUCCCUUCUUGUUCCGCUUCUUGAAAUACGCCGAUAUCAUCCUUUCCGCCAUUGAAUCGGAUCUCAAAAAAUUCUGGAAGUAUCUGCACACCCUUGACUGGUUCGUUCGCUUUGAAUCCCAGGCGAAGCAAAUUUCUUCGCUUGUCUGGGCCAAACUGAUGGACUAUUGGGGCAUCCUGUGUAAUCAAGUCAAGAUGGUGCAGCAGCGAAUUGGACCGGAGAUUCCGAAUCGAAUCGCGUCGUUCUUCUCUGCUGCUGCGUCCAAGCUGUGGAAUGCGAUUCCUCCGCACUACCAGGAGCAGCUGAAAGAGAUCUACGAGGCUGCGAAGAUCAUCAAGAACCCGAAGGUGUUCGUGUCGAACCUGCAGCAAGCGCUCCAGAUGAGCUUUCAAAUUUCGAUGUAUGCGGAACUGUUCUUCUACUGCUUUAUCCUUGUUUGGAUCUCUCUGCUCGUCACUUCUGUAAUUGGUUAUAGAGAAUUGUGCAUUGUUUGUUGGAACAUUCUUUUUUCUUCCAUCGUGCAUUUGGAGGAGCGAUUCUCUUUUGUGCUAUAG